UCAUCCUGUCAGAGGAGGCGAAAUACUUUGGAUUAAAAAUCCAUUAUUAGCCUGAUAGAUUUUGGAGCAGAGAACUAUAAUUGGAAAUAUCGGCUGACGUGAUUACAAUGCUGAACGUAUCUUAUAUUUUCUCAUUGAAGUAACUGGGCAUGCAUGAAGGAUAAAUGCAGUAAUUCUAGUAUUUGUAAAGCCGAUGUUAAAUAUACCGCACGAAAUAGGAUUAACAUUGUAAUCUGUGAGUGACAAAAAUUACACAUUGAAUUUAAUUUUGAAAAGCGCCUCCACUCUUGGAAAUGUUAAAUAUAAAAUGGAAUAUUAACAGAAAUCUAGCGUUAGUUUGUGUGGAUGGAUUUUAGAACAUGAAAUGUAUUUAUUUCAAUAAAACCAAUCAACUUUUAACAUGUGUAAAUAUGUAAUAUUGUGAUUUGAAUUUGUAUUCGGUUAUAUUUAUUACAUUUAUGUGAUGCAGUGCCAUUGAUUUAAUCAGCAAAAUUGUUUUGGAUAAUAUAUUAAAUCUUGAUUGGAACACUUAAAAUUUUUAUUAACAUGAUGAAUUAUAUAAAUUGAAGAUAUAAGGUAUCCAGGUAUUACAUGCUUUUUUUAAUUAUUUUCUUUUCCAAAGUACGAUGUUUACUCUAAAUGUAUUACAGAAAAAGAAAGAUACAAUUUUAUAAAGCCAAAACUGGAGCAUGUCUUAGAGGAGUUUGGAGUAAUAAUUAUUUUCAAAAGGGGACGAAACUACUGGCACAAUCAUAAUAACAUAAAAAUGCAAACAAUAUGAAGAUAUUAUAAUGUUGAUUCAAACGGAAAUUGAACGAAACAAAGUAAAUGAACGCUUCUUUUCGAUAUAGCAAUCAUAACUGAUAAAAAAUAUCAAAUGUAGUAACACAGUGUGCAAAGUUUGAUUUCUUAAAAAAUGAGACUAUCAUGUUUCGGGAUGAAAGAGAGCGGAAGUGAGUAUUGAACAUCUAUAAUGUUGGAUUAUGCAUGAUUAUAUUUGUCUGCCUUUCAGAUGUCAAAUAUCGUACAAUGUUGACGCCUCAAAGGAGGGACGGACAGUAGGUCAAAAUUAACAUAUACAUGACAAUGCGCAUACCAGACAAAAGCCACGGAUCAGCUUUAAUGCGCCUGUUAUUUCAAACAUGAAUAAUUCUUCCCUUAGUGUAAAUGUAACGUCCUCAAACAUCAGUGCAGAUGGCGAAAAAGGAUUAAAAGGCUAUCAGUAUUCAUUAUUUAUUGCUAAUAUAGUAAUUUGUGCGUUAAAUCUUUGUGGCAACAUCGGGGUGCUGAUACUUAUAUGUCAACGAAGAUUACUGGGCAGAACUACAAACGUUUUUGUUUUUUCGUUGGCAAUGGCUGAUACCAUUUGUUGUGCAGCGGCAAUUCCAUACAACGCAAUGUUGGCUUUGGACCGAGACAUGUCCGUCUACUUAUGUAAAGGAUAUUUCUAUGCCCUUUGUAUUUCAAGAACAGCCGUUUCGUACACAGUAAUAUUACUUACAACGGAAAAAAUAUUGAAUAUUUUGCAUCCAUCACGAUUCAUAACAGCUGGAAGAUGUUUGUUCUUUAUUAGUCUGGUUUGGUUUUUCUCAUCAGCAUAUAAUGUUUGGACCGUUGUUUUCUAUACCAUAUAUGAUUAUGACAAAGUAACAUAUAUCGAAUACAUGAUGAAUUCUGCGACAAUUCUCUACGGAAAGAAGUGUUUCUUCUCGCAUAGGUUCGAAGCAUUACGAAAAAUAUUCUUAUCGUUAGACUUUUUGAUGCUAUUUGGCAUACCGUGUGCAGUAUUGUUCAUUGAAUUUUGUGUUAUUCUUAGAAAGCAGCAUGGCACAAUAAAACAAAGAUUUGAGACUUAUUAUUACAUUAUGAGAUUCAUUUUUUUCAUAUUUCUCGUGUUCAUGGUUUGUCAUUUACCAUUUGAAGUGGGGACAUUGAUAAAAGAGGGAAGCCGUGAUCCGGAUGAAAUCAGCGAGUUAUUUUAUGAGAUGUCCACCACACUGUACUACACACGAGGCGUGUUGUAUCUCAUAGUGUAUAUGUAUUUUAAACAAUAUGUUUGUCGACGGAGUAGGAGAUUAAAUGCAUCGAAUUCCUCACACCAGAUAAACAGAAUAUAUUUGGAGUUACCAAUUCGGGGACAAUGUAGGGGCCUUUCGUUAAACGAAUUAAGAUUAUUGAAGUAAUCGCUCAAAUAUAAGUUGAUUGUUUCUGUCAUUGUAUUAUGUUAAAUAAAUAAAUAUAUUAUGCUUUUUAUUAAUGAUUGAAAAUCAAAUUUUAUUUUAAACAUUUUAUAACAAACGUUUGUUAUUGUACUAGCGUUAUUAAAGUAUUACAUUUUAUUGUUGUAGCCUUAUAAAUAAAAAGGAUUAAACAUACAAU